AUGGCUGACCUCUUCAACCAGGUGCUCUAUGAACCCACGGAGGGUGAUGAGCUGGAUACCAUUGCAGAUCUGGUCAGCAGCAAGUCACACCAGAAUCUUCCACAGCCUUUGGCCCUCAAGGAUGCCCUGCCCAUACCCUUCACUUUCCAGCUGGUCUUCCGCAAGCAGGAUGACACCACAUACGAAGUCCUGAAGCAUUACAUCUUCUCCCAGAAGGUUGAUGUGCGCGGGCUGCAGCGGGUUGCUACUGGAGAUCUCUUCACCAUAGACUAUGGCAAAAAUUUCCGGUCAGGCUCUCAAGGUUUCCAGUACCUGCUCGAAAAGGUUGCCGACUAUGCCAUCCUUGCUUUCCAAUUCACAGCAAAGCCCAAAAGCAAAUGCAAGGAGAAGUCUGCCUUGGAGCAAGGCUUUUCCUACAUCCAGAGUGAGGGCCCCAGGAGCAACAUGAACAACCAGUGGACUGAGUGGGCAGAAAUAGAGGUCAACCGGGAAGGAAGCCCAAUCUAUGGCUGGAACACUAGCUUGGUCAAGGAGUCUCUCAAAGGGUAUGCCACUGGCAAUGUCUUUGUGCAGCCCACCUUCAACUUCUAUCUCACCAUGCAUGACCUGAGCGCCUGGUUUCUGGAGGAUGUCAUCUUUCCCUUGCUGCCAGACAUGAAGAACAAAACAUUGGUUCUUCUGGGAAAUGCGGGAGCAGGGAAAACACCAGCUGCUUCGGCAAUUGCAAUGGCUUUCUCUGAAUAUUGGCUGUUGCGCGGUGACACGGCUGAGACCAUGCAGCCAAGUUUCCGCAUUGCCUCCAGCUUUGAUCAGCUCCGUGGAGAACCUGGUCUUCGUGAGCGUCCAGACAUCUUGGAUGAUGCUGACAUGAGCCAGCAAGCCUUGCCCAAGUUGAAGGCAUUCCUGGAUAGUUCCUUGGAGGAAGCCUACACAGUCGAAAGGUGGACCACCACAAAAUUUGUCAAGAACCAGCUCAGGAUCCUUUGUGACAACCGGGUCAAUGGCAAAGCUGAAGAUAAGCUGAAGCCAGGAGAAAACACCAUCCCGUUCAGUCACUUCUUGGACCUCAUUGCUCCAGCUUUCCCUGAUAAGGCUGAGAGGCAAGACAUUGUGGCCGGUCUCAAGCGUGCACAUUUCAUUGUCAACUUGGACUUUGCCACCUAUGUCCGUCCAGCUGGAAUUGGUGAAGGUCCUGUUGCAGUGGUUCGAUAUCCAGAGGAUGAGAACAACCGCCAGAUCACUGACUUCAUCUCUGCUGAUGGCAAACAGGUCAUUGCUAACAUGAAAGAUGGAGACAACACACCUCCGACCGAUUGGAUGUCCAGAAGGCAGUGGUCCCAUGAUCUUCUGAGUUUGUGCUUCGAGACCAAAAAGACUAUCCCAAGAAUCGAAACUGUGCUAGGGGCAAGUCCUUUUGGAGGAGAGAGAGUUCGCAAAGAGAUCAAGCCACGUCUGCCAAGCUCCGGUCGCUUCUGUGUCCCACCGCCUUCGGUUCUUCAAGCUCAGGAACAACGUGUAGCACCAUGUUCUUCCCAGAGCCCUGCUCCAACACCGCAUCAGAUUGCCCCAGCCUUGGUCAAGGUGAAGAAGGAGCCUGGCACCUUCCAAUCAUUGAAGAGGAUGCAUACAAAGGUCAUUGAGCUGGAUUCACCUUCGCCUCAACCAAAGAAGACGCAAUGCCUUGCUGCUUCACAUGCUGCCUCUCCAGCUUCCGAUGGCCUCCCUGCAGUCGGAGAGCAGGAUGACUCUGGCUUCCCUGGGGUUGGAGAGGGUGCUGAGUACAACAUGGCGAAGACUCGUCAGUUGCAAGUGAAGACGCCUCGUCCUGUGAAGACGGUUCACAUCUACAAGUCUAGCCUUCAGAAGUGCUCAUUUUGUCAACGCGCUCUCAUUUGCAAGAAGUCCCGCAGUAUUGCACAAGGGCGGCUCUUCAGCAGUGAGUCCAUCACUGCCAUUGGGUACGCAGUGGCCAAGCGCCAGCCAGAUAAGGUUGUUGAAUUCAACCUUGACUUUCCGGCCAAGACUGUGAUCAAAAUCACCAAGCCAAUCAUGCUCUUUCCUCCAUCUGUGCCUGUGACUUCUGUUGGCUUUGAUGGUCACUUUGGAGUCCAUCCAGCUUUGUUGACACCUGUGGAGUCACCUCGACAAGUUCCUCUCAAAGGACGGCCCAUGAAGUUGCUCUAUGAGCAUGACCGUUCCUGUCACUGUGCAAAGAAGGAUUCCGUUCGACAAGUUCUACCCGAUCGCACUGCUGGUUGGCAGUUUGCUGUGGACCCUUGCACUGGGAAAGUGCUAGGUGCCUAUGAACAUCGUAUCAAUGAGCGGAAUGAAGAUAAGGUUGACCUCCUUCAGCAGGACCGGAACUUGAACCCCCUACCGUGGUCCAAGUGCACCCCCGGGCCUGGAGCGUAUAGUGGUGACAGGAUAAUGGCAUUGCCCAGUGCCCGUCUCUCGCAGCCCUUCAAGUCCAAGAUGAAACGCUUCGCUGCCAGUACUCCGGGCUCGACGAUUUUCACCGAGUCAACCAUUGCCAAGAAUCCAGGUCCUGGGACAUACCAACCCAAGCAGCGGCCGCAUGGCACUGUGGCGGAGCUGCAGUUGGAUGUGCAACCACCAGUCAAACCGGUCCUACAGGACCAGGUGAAGACCACUCCCUCGGUGCCACCUAUGAGGUAUCUACCAGGUCAAGUGCCCCAGACGGAGGCGGCGACCGCGGACAUUGAGAAGCUGUCUGCCCGCCAUUCAGGAGAGCCUGGGGAUAUCGCCGGACCUGGGACCUAUGACAUCGCCUCCGGCCUGAUCAAAGAUAGCCCUGUGACGGUCUUUCGCAAGCCGACUGGGCGUCGCUUCCGAAAGCUUUGGGAAGCAUCGGUAGCCAUCGAGUCCAACAUGCCCGAGAAGGAUCUCCCUGGCCCUGGCACCUACGAGCCGCCGGCGCACGCUGAGCCAAAAGGUGCAGCGAGCCAGUUCAACUCGAAGGUGCGCAAGAUGCCUGGCCCCUCGGAUCAUGCCAAAACGCCUGGACCAGGUGCCUACGACGUCGUAGGACAUAUCGAGAAGGCCUCCACCGAAACCCAGGAACGGUGCGAAGCAAUGGCUUUAAGUCUGGGCUUCGGUUCGCUGACAGAGCGUGUGGGCUGGUCCAGAGAGGUGGAACAUCCCUACGCCGAUUCCUACAACGUUGGUAAUGUCCCUGGACCAGGACACUAUGGCGAUAGCGUCAAGGAAUCCGCCGAUCGAGAUAAAGUUCUCCCAGAGAAGCGGAAGAAACUCUAUGGAGUGCAUCAUCCCACCUUGAUCCUGGCCUUACAAGAGACCGAGGGACCGUUGCAAGCUUUCAACACCUCGGAUGAUAGGCCCUGUAACAAGGACUUGGAACAAUGGACUCCAGCACCCUGGCAGUACAUGCCGGAAUCCGCUCGUGGCACUUCGAUUACAGCGGACCUGAAGGAACGUGCUAAGGUGGGUCGACGCGGAGUCUUUGGCACCUGUGCGGAUCGCUUCUAUCGUAGUCCGCUGAACGCCAAGGAGGGUCCUGAAAACGAUUGGGACGGCGGCAAAGCGAACAUGGCGAAGGAUCCCACGUCGCCCGAAGCCAGGUCGUCCUUCAAGUCCACUUCCCCCAGAAUGCGCAACGAAGGAGCGAAGGAGGUGGAAGAACAGGAGAAGAGGCAGCAGCUUUUGAUUGUUGCGGAGCAGGCACAUAAGAGAAAGCUCUGGUGUCUCGAAGUCCAUCGCCGACACCCAGUGGAGAGCUUCGUGGAAUUCGGAGUCGGCGCUUCGCUGAUUGCCUCCCAGGAUGGAGUUGGGCUCCCAGGAGGUGUCUUCGGCUUCGUCUUGUAG